AUGAUCGACUCACCUGAAUACCAGUUUGUACUUUUGACCUUAGUCUUAGUGGCAGUGGUUCUCUUCAUCUUUGUGUCUUGUGUAUGGAUAUGUUAUGGAGUAAAAUCCGUUAUGACUCCUAGAGGCAAAACCAGAGACAGGGGAGAGCGUGGCUCCAUGAUACCGCUCAGUAAUUUUACCUUAUCAGGAUCAACACCUGUCCAAAGACCAUUCAAUAUUGGGGGUGAACGUCCCAAAGUUACACCAACAGAAACUAGGGGUGCAAGUAGCGAGCCUCGCAGAUCUUCGGUGAACGGCACCUUAUCGCUGCAUCAUCCAUUACCAGCUCCGCCGCCCUGUUCUGUUCGAAUUCCGGGUGUUGUUCGACCGUCAACUCCUGCAAUUCCGGUCAGAGUGCCGGAAAGAGGUGGAAGGGUAUCGCCUGUCGAUUUCACUACCACGAACCAGAUAACUCGGUAG